CCUGGCCUGAGCGCACGCCCGCCGCUCUGGGUCCUCCCGGCCGAGACGCAGGUGGCCAGUGAGUGAGCAGAGGAAAGCCAGGAGGGCGCGAGCGCCCUGUGCACAGAGCGGCGGAGGCGGCCGGGGGCCCGGACGCCAUGUCCAUGGAGGACCCCUUCUUUGUGGUGAAGGGAGAGGUACAGAAAGCAGUCAACACUGCCCAGGGGCUGUUUCAGAGAUGGACGGAGCUCCUUCAAGACCCUUCCGCAGCCACAAGGGAAGAAAUAGACUGGACCACCAACGAGCUGAGAAACAACCUCCGCAGCAUAGAGUGGGAUCUAGAGGACCUUGAUGAAACCAUCAGCAUAGUUGAAGCAAAUCCUAGAAAAUUCAACCUUGAUGCAACUGAAUUAAGUAUAAGAAAAGCCUUCAUUACAAGUACUCGGCAAGUUGUCAGGGACAUGAAGGAUCAGAUGUCGACUUCAUCUGUGCAGGCAUUAGCUGAAAGGAAAAAUAGACAGGCACUGCUUGGUGACAGUGGCAGCCAAAACUGGGGCACUGGAACAACAGAUCAGUAUGGACGCCUUGAUCGAGAGCUGGAGUUAGCCAAUUCCCAUUUCAUCGAGGAGCAGCAGGCACAACAGCAGUUGAUUGUGGAACAGCAGGAUGAGCAGUUGGAGCUGGUCUCUGGCAGCAUUGGGGUGCUGAAGAACAUGUCCCAGCGCAUCGGAGGGGAGCUAGAGGAACAGGCAGUCAUGCUGGAUGAUUUCUCUCACGAGUUGGAGAGCACUCAGUCUCGGCUGGACAAUGUUAUGAAGAAACUUGCAAAAGUGUCUCACAUGACCAGUGAUGGGCGCCAGUGGUGUGCCAUAGCCAUCCUCUUCGUGGUCCUGUUGGUCGUGCUGAUCCUCUUCCUAGUGCUGUGAUGGUGGCCGCCACUGCAGUUUCUCCUGCCCAGGAACGAAGCGGAGGAGGAGAAACAAGCACACUCCUUCAACUCACAUUCCUCUCCAGGAAACCUGCCGCUGUGCGGACUUUUCUCUGUGUGACUCCACAUUUAAGACAGCUCCUCCACCCAGCGCUGAAAGACCACAGGAAGAGGAAGGAGAUGACCGCACUCCUGGCUGGACCACAGAAGCCCCUCCGCCUGUCCUGAUUGAGGACAGCAAGCUACUACUUUGCCUUGCUGGACCUUGCUCCCGGAGGAGGGACUGUAUCAUCCCAAAGAAUGAGGAGCCCCACUAGUGUCACCAUUGCUCAUCCUUCCAUCUUAGGCAGCUCUUUCUUCUGCCCAGAUGGGCACUGGUGUCCCAUCGAAAGAAACCCGUUAAUCCGGCUCCUGGGUAUGCUGUGUUUCCCAUUGCUGUAGCAUUUCAUAGUCCCUGAGAGCUGGUUGAUGAGGACAAAAGGCUUAGAAGCAGUUUGUGACAGAAAAUACAGAGUUUUAUUUUUCAAGGAUAAGUGUUGAGACAAAAUCGCUUUUCCAGGUGCAAUUUUUUUUUUUUUUUGGUGGUAGGAAUAACUAAUGGAAACUAGUGAAACACCUAGGGCUUAGGGGUGCUAACAGCUUGUGGCUUACUUGUGGUUGUAAUGGACAGAAGAGUUGAAAAUGGCAGCGGGACCUGCAUUGAUUGGCACAGCUUAGGGAAGAAGUGAUGAUGUUUCCAGAGUUUAGGACUCCAUGUUGCUGCCCCAGGGCUUCCCCUCAGAGGUGCAUCUUGCAGUUUUAGGGUGACCCUUAAGUCUAUUGUUAAACAGCACAGCAGCAUGCCGGGAUGAAUUGGGACCCUGGGUCCUCUUUGACACUUCUUUAUUCCUGUGGCACUCUACGCUGGGGGAUGGGUUUGGAGUAGUUAGUACAUUCAUUAUAUUUACAUGGAAACUCUCAUGAUGCAAAAAGGCUGGACCAGAACUCUGGGUCAGACUUCUCUUACUCUGUUAGUAAUGGCAACUUGGUUGUAGAACUUGAUUCUUUUCUUCCCUAUGGUGUCAACUUGACUUUAUCACCCAUUUAGAUAACUGAGCCAAUCCAAAUUUAAUGUUAAAUGCUUUAAUUGAGUUUAAGUAGCUGAGACUGCUGAGACACUAAAAACUUCAAGCCUCUGAUGACUUUUGCAAUGCCUCAAAUGUGCACAUGUAUAUAGGAUAUUUUUUAUAACCUCCCUGCUGCAUAAUUUGAUAAAGCAGUGGUUGGAUCCAGAGCCAGAACUCAGUGGUAGAGGCUGCCAGGCUCCCCUCACCACCAUUUGCACUUGGAAAGAACAGCAGCAUCUGGAUAGAGUUUGAGCUUUGACUUUCUUGUCUUUUUGUGCAUUCCUCAGCACACUAACUUUUUUCUUUCUUAACCACUUUCUUGUUUUGUUUGUAUUUCUUAUGGUUUUGUUUUGGGAUUUUGUUUUCUUGGGUUUUUUUUCCCCCUUUUAUGAUUUGCAAUGGUGUGCUUGCCCAGCUAACUUUUAAAUUGCACUUUUUAAUAAAUGUCUAACAAUUUUUUAAAGAAGGAUAUUUUAUCUCAUUUAGGAUCAUUGUAGGUAAGGAAAUCUGCCUGUUGAUGAAAGCUAAAAGCAAAUUUAUAAAACUGAAAGUAUGGUUGACAUCCAUGUUUACAUUCGUCUCUAAUUUUUGAUAUAUUAAAUAAGUUAUUUCUUUUCAAAUUAGGAAAAAUGACAAAGGGCUUCAAAGGGAUACUGAGUUAUUUAUGUUUUAAGACACAAAGUUUUAAAACUUACUCAAAUAGUCUUCUGUAAACUUAAAGCAGAGAUGAUCCCUUGCAUUAAAAUAUAGAAGUCUUUUGCUAAAAAUAAAUGUGGAUUUUUUUCCCUAAGUACUAAAAUCCAUACUGCACAUUACAAGAAGCAGCUAGCAUCUCAUGGAAUUCUGAGUCCCCUAUUUAAAAGCCACAUUAUUGUCAUGCUGUUAUCAGAUUGUGUAUCAGUUAGGGCUGUUUAGAGCACAGCUGGGUCACUAAUGAGGAAGGUCCUCUCAUUAGUUCAAGGGUCAAGUGUUGUGACCUUGAGUUUAAUUUUGUUUGAUACAUUUUGAAUUAUCCUGUUGACCUCACUGAUUUGAGGCGUUUACUAAACUGACUGCUGUAGACCUGACAAGCUGAAGCUGAAUAGGGAAUCAUUUAGAAGAAAAACAUCAACUUCAAAUACAGGUGUUCUCCCAGUGGGCCAUCGUGUUCCCACCUCUGGCUGACUUAGUCCUGGCUUGGUCCUCCUGGGCCCUUCCUGGGCUGUCCCUGCACAAGGGGUGUUCAUCUGAAGGUCCUCUGUUCAGGCUGUAACCUGGCAGCCAGAGAGAAUGAGCCAGGGGACCUGCAUGUAUUUUCAAGGACAAAUAUUUCUUCUUUAGUGAUCCAAGGAACCUAAGUGGUUCCUUCAUCCCCACACUGCUGAAGUGCCUCCUGAUGGAAGCUGGGUCUUCUGCACCAAGUUUCAUAUUCAUCAUUUUAAAGAACUGGCAGAAUGUGAUGGGUAACAGAAAGAGCUCACUUUAUGUUCACUGGAAGAACAUUUUACUGAUCUGGGGGUGGAUAAGAUAGGAAUGAACCAUUGAGAAAGUUUGCCAGAGUAUGAUUCCAACUGGAAAACCAAAAUACUUUCAGUUCUUAGUCCUAAUUUUUGGUCUUUGUGUGGUCUGUGAAAAAUCACAAUUCUGUGCCUGCUCUGGACUGUGUGGCAAGUGGAAUUGAAGUGUGCGAUACAGCGUGGGUGUGGGUGUGUGUGGGGUGUUACAUGAGGCUCUUCCACAAUUUUAGAAUUCAUGCCAGAACUGGAGGGGGGAAAUUUGGUAACUUGCCCAUUAUUCUCUGCUGUUAGCCAGAGUUAAACAGACUGAUGGGUCUGGUAGCCAGCAACUUGGCAACCUCCACUCCUUCUCACCUCGUGCGAUUAAGGGCUGUGAAAAGAAAUCUAGUCUAACUCCAACAAAAAUCUGUCUCUGUUAAGUGUUUUACCUUCUGUGAGUAAAGGUGAUGGAGCCAAGAUUUUUCUUUUGGUAAUUUCCCUGGCUUUAAAGUGACACCAGAGGGUCAUCUAGUCCCUGUUACCUUUUUAAAGAAUUCAUAACAUUUGAAGAUCAAGGAAUUGAAUGAUAAGUGUGAGUUGCAUUUCAACUCUGUGGACUUUGUACUGUUUGGCUUCAUCUAGUACAAGAUGAAUCUGUAAACAAAACCAAACCGGAUUGCCCAGAAAGCAUGUCCUAAAAUACGGAAUUGCACUGCCUCUCAUUUCCCUCUCUUCCUCUCACUGGCAUUUCUUGCCCUCCCAAGUUUACAAGAAUGCGUAUAUUUUUCUUGUGUUUAAAAAGAAUGUUCUUUGCCCAUCAAGAGUGGAGAAAGAUGAAAGCAAAAGGCUCUCAGAUUUAUUACCCACUCUGUCACUUUGCACCCUCAGCACGGUCAGUUCUGGAAUUCAGGACAAUAAGGAGAGGCCUUGAAGGCCACCAGGACACAGCUGCUUGCUCCUGGAAAGGCCUUUGCUUCCAGGUAGGGGAAGUUUAGCCACCUGCUCUUACCCAACUGCUCUUACCCAGGCCCCAGCCUCCAAAAAAUAUGCUUACACUUCCAAAGGUCUUUCCUGUGUGAGGGCCACACUGGUCUGUUAUGUUAAAACAUGGUGCCUUGUCACAUGUUAACUUGGCGAUGUUCACUGGGAAACUGCUUUCUGGUGUUAAGUCCAGAAAAGCAAGAGAGUUUUGAGUGAAGUAGAACAACCCUUCAGCCCUGAACACAUUCCUGUGAGUGCUUGGUGACCCAGGAAAGGGGGGGGGCACAAAGAGAUUGCACCUCCGGGAUGCGGGUGCUUGAGCAAGAUCUUCCUGUUGGAACAAAUACAGCUCACCCCAAUGUGCACAGGAGUCACUGUGCUGCAUCUGUAGCCCACACACUUUGUGAGACAAGUUAAGGCACUUAAAGCUGACCUCAGUGACAGAACUUUAGUAGAAUGAUGCUAACUUGUGCUUCUCUCCCAAAGGCUUGGUGAUUUUUUUUUUUUUUUUUAACCUUUCAGACAAACACCAAAGCUCUGAAAAUCCCCUUGCACCAUGCUCAGGUUGCGGCCAUCUAGGUAAUAUCUGAGAGGUCUUUAUACACCACAGUCCCUACUGAUUCCGUGAUGGGGGGCAGGAUGAGGAAAGAAGAAAAGAACUUGGUUUCCCUCUGCUUUAAUAUGUUGGUGCUAUUUUCCUUCCAGUCCGACCACUGUCCAGAAGCACCCUUCCUGUGGUUGUGCAGAUAGGUUUACUGUGCUUAGACUGUGAGGGUCCCCAGUGCCAGCCCUACUCCUUGGGUUUCACAUGAAUAUUUCAUGGACCUAGUUUGCCAGCUCUACUUAGACUUUUGUGAGAAAGUGUAUUUCACCGAUUUGUUUUUUAAGGUUUUGAGUUACCAGAUUCCGCUUGGUUAUUCAGGGGAUGUUAAAAAUAAGACCACCUGCCUUGUUUGUUGACCGUAGCUCUUGGACCCCUUUCCAGCAGCUCUGCACCCUGCUCCAGCCAAGAUUUUUGUCAGACCUGAGGUGGCACCAUGUUCAAGACUGUCUUUCUUUCCAGCUCAGCAGAAAGUAGAUUCAGCUGAAAUCUGCCUCAUGAAGGGCAAGUGUGACCCUGCUGCUAAGGGCUGUCCUGGGAGAAACACGUCUUCAUCCCAGGAAAACAGAUGUCUGUGCUCUGUCAUCUGUGGGUAAGGAGAGGACAGCCAGGGGUUCUGCUAGUAAGUUUUUGGAACUGCUUUUUGAGCUCCCUAUGAUUACUUCCUAACUGGCCCCAGCUGGGCUCAGCUCUCAGCAGACAGACUUGAGUUGAUGCCCAGGGUGAGGGGUGGCCUGGAAGCCAUGUAGGAACGAGCGAAAGGAACCAAGCUGUAAAUGGUGAUGGAUUCUGUUUUUGUAAGUGGAAAUAUGUCUUCUCUGGCUUAUUUAUAAUCAGAAAUUAGUAUAAUUCAGAAAUAUGUGGGAAAAUUCGGCAGGAACAAAGCAUUAAAUAUUUUUCCAAGGAUAAAUAACUUCUAAAUAAUGAAGGCACACACUGAAAAUGUCAGGAUUAGAACUUCAGAUACCUGGUGGCUUCUAGGUGACAAUUUGUUUUUCACAUAGUGAGAAGGAGCCAGAGCCCUGGGGAAAGAAGUUGACGACCCUCAAAUCUACCCUGGGUAGAUUUCUGUUUCCUUUAGGCGGUGGCUCUCCAGGGGUGGAGUGGGACCAGUGGUGACUUCGCAACUCCUGGGAACUAGUUAGUAAUGCACAUUCUCAGGCCUCUCCAGUAGGGGGUGAGGCCAGCACUCCAGGGAGUUCAGCAUACACUUGACUUUGAGAACCACUGCUACAGCAUCUGGGACUCCAGACUACAGGGAAAAAAAUCCCUGAAAAAUAAAAUGUCAUCCGCAGCUUUGAUUGUAAUCCUAAGAUUGGAUGACACCACAAACUUGAAAACUUUUAAAGAAAACCAAUGUAAAACCAAACAAAAACUCAGCUAGCCACCCUUAAAAGCGGUAUUUUUACACCCUGUAGUCUAUCAGUAAUGUUUCUUACUUCUGCUCUUGAAAUUGUGUUACAACUACGAAAGAGUACUGUUCAGUAUUAAAGAAAAAUGGAGAGACUA